AUGUGGAACCAGAUCCGUAAGUUCGGUCUGGAGUACUGCGACCUGCCGACCAUGAUCUGGAACGUAGCCGUGUUCCUGAAGGUGCUCACACUGAAUGUGUAUGGCAAGAAGAAGACAGGAAUCCCAUUCAUCUUCUACAUAGUGGUAGUAGUGGCAGCUUUGUGCUACUUGUAUGUCUACCUGAUCUGCAUGGUGUGGUUCGUGUUUGUGAGGAGUCGGGAGACAGGAGACCUGGUCGCGGCCAUGGUGAUACUCUCCUUGGGGAUCUCCAGCGAGAUCGGUACCCUGAAGUUGCUGUACAUGUUUUUGUAUAUUAAAGACAUUCGGAAUCUCACGGACGGCUUCCUGGACUUCGACUCCCACAUGGUGCCAGGCAGCAGGAUGUACAGGAACCUGGUGAGGUACAUGCGUGAUGUGAAGAAGAGAGCGAUCUUCUACUGGGCGGUGCUGAUGGGCAACGGGUGUGUCUACGUCAUCAUACCCAUAUUGCGCCCCGGGAGACACUUGACUGAGGAUAUGCUUGUGGUUUACGGUUUGGAACCAAUGUUCGAGUCACCGAACUACGAGAUAGCAUGGUUCAUGAUGGCGGCCAGUGUCGGCACUAUAUGCUACAUAUCAGCCAAUGUGACAGCCUACUUCAUUGUCAUCAUCGGCUACGCGGAGUCUCAGAUGCUCUGCCUCAGCGACGAAGUCACCCAUGUAUGGAAGGAUGCAGAAAAACAUUUCAAUACGCUAAACCUUGAAACCGAUCUUCAAGACUUUGAUGCAAAGAAUAGGAUAAUGAACGAACAUGUGUUUCAAAACCUGAAGUACAUUAUAAAACGUCACGCGAAUAUCAAGACGCUGAUCAACCAAGUUGAGGAUGUGUGUAGCGGACCUACUGCCGUUGGCUUGACGUUCCUCCUUCUCGGUUUAAUAUCAGAACUCCUAGGAGGACUGGAGAACACGUUCCUGCAGCUGCCUUUUGCCUUUAUGCAGGUUGGAACUGAUUGCUUUAUUGGGCAAAGGAUCAUGGAUGCUGGAGAAGUAUUUGAACGGGCCGUCUACGAUUGCCAGUGGGAGAACUUCGAUCAUAAGAAUAUGAAGAUGAUUCUGCUGAUGCUGCAGAUUUCUCAGAAGACAUCCUCUAUAUCUGCUGGUGGGAUGACCAAGAUGAGCUUCAGGUGUCUGAUGGGAGCCAUGCGAGUGACUUAUUCAGCCUAUACUGCUUUCAGGUCUAUUAUGUAA